UCAGAUAAGACAAAAGAGCUUCUCUUGAAGCUUAACCCUAUUUCUGUGAAAAUUAAACAAGAAAAACAGAGGAAAAAGUAAGACAGUGAUUAAAAAAACACAGCUUUGGUUUUGUUUUCAGUACUGACAUUACUUUACAAUCUCACUCUCGGAGAAAGACAUUCAAAGCACAGAGUCUGGCUCAGCCAGCACAAAACAUGGCAAAUAUAAACCAAUAUAAGUCUGUUUCACAUUUUCUUAGAGUCCAUUUUUAGUCACAGAUUUACAUCAACAUUACAAAAGAUGGGAAUUCCUGUUGAUCAAGCCUGCAUGCUUAAGCAGAAAGUUAAAAAAAAAAAAAGAGAGAGAGAAACAACUGUCAAAUCAUGCUAGGAUACAGUUUUGUUGAUACUUACAUCCAACAACGUAGUCUUAUUUCUAAUCCUGUACUACUAAUGUUCAUGAGGCAUUAUCUUAACAAGAUAACAAAUCUUAACAUUAGUGACUAAUACCAGUACAUCUUUUAGCUUUUAACAGUAGAUGUUUAUUGAAACAAGUCAGCUGAAGUUAGAUCAGGUUGAUCAGGACUUACUGGUUCGGCUGUUGUACAGGAAAGGAGCUGUACAACUGCACUGCCAAAAACAAUGAAGUGAAACGUGAUUAAGGGGGGUUUUUUUUGCAAGUAUUUUAAGGAUGACUAGCCGGAAUGAAAGAAACUACCUUAUUUCAGCAUUCAGGAUAACAAUACCUUUUUUUCCUGGAUAUACCACUAUAUAGAGAAUGGCAUUUUUCACUAAAUUAUUGUAAUGAUUUAGAAGAUUUUUGAACAUAUACAAAAAUGAAAACUUGGAACUGCAAGUAAAGGGAACACAAGCUGCCCACUCAGCUGCCUUCAGGUUAAUGAAAAACAAAGGAAAAAUUUCUGCUCAUACUUCUUUACCUUCUCAAGAUAAAAACAUCAACUAUUUUUAUAGGAUGCAGCUAACAUCUGUCCACAUGUUUUUAAUGCACCAAUAAUAUGACAAUUACUUCAAGCUUAUCUUUCCAAAGUAUUUUAAAAUUAGAAAUUACUUGAUACAAAAUCAUCAAAAUAGACUCUUCAAAUUAUGGUUCACUCUCACUAUGUAAUAUACUACUUAGGUACUGGACAAACAUUCUCACAAAUGGAACAAAGACUUUUUUUUUUUUAAAGAUAAACUAAUUGGACUAUUGGUUUACCUGUGGUUCCUAUCUCAAAGCUUCUUGGCUGAGAAUGGGUUUAAUGAUUACCUUUUAUAACCUAUGUACUUAAGCUGCUGCUGCUUCUGCGUAUUUUGGUUUCAGACAUGGACACGUCUUGCUGUCUAACUGGCUGGUAAAUCUAACGGGAGAAAUAAAGAAAUCCACUAUACAAAGAUUCCUGGACCCAAUUAACGCCAAACAAAUAUAAAUAAAUAAGAACAAAAUGUUCAGUAGAAGACAUUCACUGCGAGUCAACAUGGAGAAGACUGGCGAUUCUUUUUGAGGCAAAGAGCUGCUAAUUAGACAAUUACAGCAGACAACACUUGGUUUAGCAGAUACUUACAUCUCCAAGGAACUGGGACAAGGCUUAAUUUAACGAAGAUCAGAAAGAAGGUCUCCUAGAUAAGAAAACAGACCAGCUUUUGGGAGAAAGAUUAAAUCUGUCUGGGCCUCUGGAGGAAUUCAAAGGAGGGACUAGCUAUAAAACCUAGAUUGUUCCAGUAAGGACAUCCUCUCAACUGAACGUAACCUGAGACAGAAGAUAAAGACAUUCACUGCCAGGUGGGUAUGAGGAAAAUCCACAGCAAGUCAGAUGGAUGAGGUGAAGUAGUCCUAACGCCUCUUUGCUUCAAUCUCCGAGUAGGUAGCAAAAUGGAAGUCCUUUGCCUGUGAGCGAGAGUGUGUGUGUUAUGUGUAUGUUUUCUGGCAAUACUUACCUACACUAUUUUGGACCCAUAUCUAUCAGCAAAACUCAAACAUUAAUAUGCUGGACUGAUAUUUUGUUUUUAUUUCUUUAGAGAUUUCAACAAGUAAACCAAAUGGGGAAAGAAAGCUUGAGAAAAAGAAAAGGAGAGAACAACGGAAAAGAGGAUGGAGAAUCCAUUCAGAGUCAUGAACCCCAAACGAUGAACCUACAAAAGCAGGUGGGCCUCAUCAGUGGAAUCUGUAUGAUUGUUGGUACAAUUAUUGGCUCAGGUAUCUUUGUUUCUCCAAAAUCGGUACUUGCCAAUGUUGGAGCUGUGGGUCCUUGCUUAACCAUCUGGGCAGCCUGUGGAAUUCUUGCAACAUUAGGUGCACUUUGUUUUGCUGAGCUUGGUACAAUGAUCACAAAAUCCGGGGGAGAAUAUCCUUACCUUAUGGAGGCAUUUGGCCCAAUUCCAGCAUUUUUGUUUUCUUGGACAAGCUUACUCGUCACAAAACCCAGUUCAUUUGCAAUCAUUUGUCUCAGCUUUGCGGAAUAUGCAUCAGCUCCUUUUUAUCCAGGCUGUGAUCCACCCCAAGUUGUCGUCAAGUGUCUUGCAGCAGCUGCCAUUGUGAUAAUUACAAUAGUGAAUUCACUGAGUGUGAAGCUGGGAAGCUAUCUCCAGAAUUUUCUCACAGCUGCUAAAAUGAUCAUUGUCACAAUCAUUAUUGUAAGUGGAAUUGUUCUCCUUGCACAAGGAAAAACUGAAAACUUUGAAGAUUCUUUCAAGGACAGUAAAAUUUCUGUUAGUUCUAUUGGUUUGGCAUUUUAUAAUGGACUCUGGGCGUAUGAUGGAUGGAAUCAACUCAAUUACAUCACAGAAGAACUUAAAAAUCCUUACAGAAAUCUACCGCUAUCUAUAAUUAUUGGAAUCCCCUUGGUUACAGUUUGUUACGUUCUGAUAAACAUUUCAUAUUUCACCGUAAUGACUUCAACAGAACUCCUGCAGUCCCAGGCAGUUGCUGUGACAUUCGGAGACAGAGUCCUUUAUCCAGCCUCUUGGAUAGUUCCUCUCUUUGUGGCCUUUUCUACAAUUGGAUCUGCCAAUGGGACCUGUUUUACUGCAGGCAGACUUGUUUACGUUGCAGGUCGUGAAGGGCACAUGCUAAAGGUGCUAUCUUACAUUAGUGUUAAGCGUCUAACACCAGCACCUGCUAUCAUAUUUUACGGGGCCAUUGCUAUUAUUUAUAUUAUCCCUGGUGACAUUGACACACUCAUAAAUUAUUUUAGUUUUGCAGUCUGGAUAUUUUAUGGUUUAACUGUACUUGCACUCAUCGUUAUGAGGUUUACAAGAAAGGAACUCAGGAGACCAAUCAGGAUACCCAUCAUCAUUCCAGUCAUAGUGACAUUAGUCUCUACUUUACUGGUAUUGGCACCAAUCAUCAGUGCUCCUGAAUUGGCCUAUUUGUACUGUGUUUUAUUUAUACUUAGUGGACUUAUAGUUUAUGUACUUUUUGUUCAUUUUAAAUUCAACUGGCCCCAAAAAAUAUCAAAGCCCAUCACUAUGCACCUUCAGAUGCUUUUGGAAGUUGUUCCAGCAGAAGACAUCACUGAAUAAAAAUUUUUAUAUGUACAAGUUUGUUUUUAAGUGCUAUACUUGGUUGAAGGAGAUUCAAUUUAGUUUGGCACACAUUUAUACUGUUGAAAUUGUUAUGUUCAUACUGGUGUAUUAUUUUUUGCAACACUUUAAUACUUGAAAAAUAUUAAAUAUAUUAAGAAUAAGAGAUUUCUGAGCCAGAUUACAGUGUCCAACAGAGCUGUUUUCUUUGUUUGCUAAUACGUUACAGUAUCUUGUUUUCUGCAUUAGAACUACUCAAAAUAAACAAGAGGAACUUUUCAGUUAUGAAGAUGGCAAAACUUACCAGCAACACUGUCAAGAUGCUUUUGAUCACAUUGCUGAAAGAACAAAGCAGCUGUCAUUUACAACAUCACAUUCAACAGGCCACACGGAAAGCACAGAAAUAACGUAAAACCAGACUAACCCAUUCUCAGUUUCUCAGACCAAACGCUAGCUAUCAAAAAAUUGAAGGACUGAGGAAGUGGGAAUCAAGUAAAAAUGGA